CUAGAGAUUCGGCCCCACCACCAGCUCCCACCGCUCGUGGGCGAGACCAAGUGCGAGGGGAGGAGGGGAAAAGCGCGCGCGUGGUCGCCCCUCCUACAGCUUGCAAUUGGUCCGACCCGCCGCGAGGGGGCGGGGCCGGCCGUGAAAAGCCGCCUUUGAGUGGAAGGCGGGAAAAUGGCGGAUUCCUCGGAGCGCGGCGCUGGGAAGCCUGCCUCGGCCGGUCCCAGCACUUCCAGCGGAGCCAGGAGGAAGGAAGGAAGAGUAGCAGGUGGAAAAGUGGUUGCGUCCCGAUACAUGGACUACGAGAAGAAAACAACCAGAAAGCCUCCUGCAACAGAUGCCUUAGAGACAGGUGGGAAGAUACCUGGAGGUGUAAAGAAACCCAGCCAGCUCCAGAAAAGCAAAGCAGAUCGCAGUGGGGUCGCAAAGGGUGACCUGCAGUCCACGUUGCUGGAAGGGCACGGCUCGGCCCCACCUGACCUGGAUCUCUCUGCCAUUAACGAGAAAAGUACAGUCAGAAAGACUCCACAAUUAGAGAAAACAAGAUCAGAGAAAACGGAGUUGACGUCAUUUUCUGCCCCUCGGAAAAAGAGCCCAAGCUUGUCCGAGGAGAUGGAGAUGAUGGAGUCCCAGACGCUGCUGCUGACGCUGCUGGUGGUAAAGAUGGAGAAGGGUCUUGCCCAGUUUGAAGAAGAGGCAGAAAAACAUUUAUUAAAACUGUGCAAAGAGAAGGAGGAGCUACAGAAAAAGACCCACGAGCUGAAGCGCAGCCUUCUCCUCUGUCAGAAGAAGCGGGAGCUGGAGGAGGCCCUUGACGCCCAGAUCGAGAUGCUCAGUCCCUUUGAGGCAGUGGCCGAAGAACGCUUCAAGGAACAGUACAAGACGUUCGCCACGGCCCUGGACACCACCCGGCACGAGCUGCCCGUGAGGUCGAUCCACCUGGAGGGAGACGGGCAGCAGUUCUUAGAUGCCCUGCAGUCUGAAUUGAAGACCACUCAGAAGCUCCUGAGAGAACUUGGCAUUGGCAAUUCAGAAACAAACGUGCAGGUGCUGGACUUGCUGGGCGAACUCAAGGACGUAGCUGUGAAAAAGGACCUUGAGCUCCAAAGGAGCUUGGCCCAGCUGCAGGAACUCUCCGCUGAGGCGAGUAAAGAGGCCGCCUUGAUAAACCAGGGAGUCUGGGAAGAGGCCCAGGGCCCGGCGACCCCCAGCAGGUGGUACUUCAGCGAAGACAGCGCCUGCGAGGAGUCCCGGGGAGCAGUUGAGAGCACAUCCUUGCCUGAGGACAACGCGCCACAUGCCCCGGGAGGCCACACUCAUGCCGUGUUCACCAACCCCAGCGAAGACCGUCCUUCCAGCAGAUGAGAAGAGAGCCUGCUGUGCCUCUCGUCCAGCGGGUUUGCAGUGACAUGUUGGUGAAACUCAGGACACUGGAGCACUCUGUACACGACCUUGUUUGGUGCUUAAAAUAAACCCGUUUGCAAUUGAA